AUGCCUGUUGGAUGCAAAGAGCGGCCGUCUUUUUGGGAAAUUUUUCAGACGCGAUGCAACCAAGCAGAUUUAGGACCAAUAAGCCUUAACUGGUUUGAAGAACUUUCUUUAGAAGCUCCACCCUAUAAUUCUGAAAUUAUCUUCCCUGUAGAAGAAUCUGAGUAUAAAACCAACAGUCAUGAACCGAGCCUAUUUAAAACACCACAGAGGAAACCUUAUCAACUGGCUUCAACUCCAAUAAUAUUCAAAGAGCAAGGCCUGAAUCUUCCACUGAACCAAUCUCCUUCAAGAGAAUUACAUAAAUACAGGUUACUCUUAGGAAAGGAUAAUAAACAUCAAGGUUACUGCACUGUGAAGACUAAGUUGAACCACACAAAUGAGGUUACCAGUCCACUUCCAAAUACUUGUCUUAAUGAAAGUCCUGUUGGUCUUCACUGUACACAUGUUACACCUCAAAGAGAAAAGUCAGUUGUUUGUGGAAGUUUAUUUCAUACACCAAAACUUAUAAAGGGUCAGACACCAAGACGUAUUUCUGAAAGCCUGGGAGCUGAGGUGGAUUCUGAUAUGUCUUGGUCAAGUUCUUUAGCCACACCACCAACACUUAGUUCUACUGUACUCAUAGUUAAAGAAGAGGAAUCGCGUACAGCUGUAUUUCCUAAUGAUACUGCUGCUGUUUUGAAAAGCUACUUUUCUAACUAUGAUGAAUGUUUGAGGAAAAACAAUAGGAUUAUAUCUUCUGGGCCAAUAAAUGAAAGCAGUCAAAAAGAAACCACAAGUCAAGAAUUGGGGGAAAUACAGGAUAAUUCAUCAUGGAAAGUAAAUAACCACAAAGACCAAUUUGGAAAAUCAGUGCCAAAUGUUCUAAAAGAUGAAAUACAUGAAACAGUUUCAGAUGUUUCUGAAGAAGAUAGCUUUUCAUUAUAUGUCUCAAAGUACAAAACAAGAAAUCUAAGAAAAAUAAAAAUUGGCAAGAGUAGGAAAAAUAUUUUCAGCGAAAGUAACAUGAAUGAAUAUGAAGAACCUAAACAACAAUUAGAAAAAAAUAAGCAUUUAUUUGUAUCAGAAGUGGAACCAAAUUACAAUAUUCCAUCAAAUACAAGUGUAACAACUCAGAAACUCUUUGGGAAUGGAAGUGAUGAAAUAUCCAAAGAAACUGUAUUAUCUUCAGGCUCUCAAAGAGUUCAGCUAACCCCCUCAGGGGAAAAUGGAAUCCAGAUGAAAAAAAUGCCCACAUUGUAUACUUCCUCUUGUGGGCAAAGUAAUUCAGCAAAAGACUGUAUAGAUACAGAGAAAGACUGUACAAGUUUUAUUAUCUUAGAAAAUUUAUUGCCAGAAAUUUUAGAUACAUCAAAAACAGAAAAUGUAGUAGAUGAAGAAACAGUGGUGAAUAAGGGAGAUGUAGGACAUUGUCUUAUAUCUCAUGAAGACUCCACUCCUGUGACAAAGCCAACAGUAGCCAAUACCUCUCUUGUAGAGUCUCCACAUGAGGGCAUCAAGAAGUCUGUAUUCAGGAUAAGAGAAUCUACUGAAGAGCCUUUGAGUGAAGUUUUUUCAAAUAAUAUAACUGAUCCAAACUUUAAAGAAGAAACCAAAGAUUCUGAAAAAGAACUAGAAGUAAAUGCUAUUUGCUUACAGAAAGAAGAUUCUUUAUGUCCAAAUUUAGUUGAUAAUGGAAGCCAGCCAGCCAGUAUUGAGCAUACUUCUGCAGUUUUGAAGAGUGAAGGCUUAAUAUCCACUUUGAAAAAGAAAAAGAAAAAGUUUAUUUAUGCUAUAAAUGAUGAAACAACUUGUCAAGGAGAAAAACUUCUAAAAGACCGAGCAUCCCAGCUAUCUAACUAUUCAACCCAGUUUGAAGCAAACACUUUUGAAGUUCCACUUACAGUUACAAACACUGAUUCAGGUUUAAUGCCUUUCUCCUCCAAAAAAAUUACUGAGGAACCAGCAUUUUCUUUAAACAGCUCUUAUGAGGUGAAUCUGAGAAAAUGUUCCAGUAAUGAAAGUAGUUCUUCUAAAACUAAAAGACUACCUCAAGUUCUAGAUGAUAAAAAACUGCAGUCAUGUAUAAUCACAGAAGCUGCUUAUUUUUCAAGCUUGCAGGAACAACAUUGUAUGGAUAAUCCAAAAAGUCAUAGUGUUUCAGAUAUAAAGGAAGAUUUCCCUAUCACCUAUCACCCUGGAGCACCAAAUUCAGAAGUGGAUUGUAGCAGUAUGCUCUUUCCAUCUCAGGAAAGAUUUUUAUAUGACCAUGGUAAUACCAGCAUUUUAACUCCUAAUCCCAGGGCUAUUCCAUCAAAACCAGCCAUGGUUUCUAUAGUGAAAAAGUCAAAUAAAAUGCCAGAGAAACUGAAAUCCAAGAAUUGUGAAGCUGAUUUUGAAUUAACCAAUAAUAUUCCUAUGGAAAUGAGUCGAUUAUGUGUUUUCAGUGAAAAUUCUCAAAAAACUGAACUCUUGAUCUCUAAAAAUGACAUAACUGCAUCAUCUAUUGAGAUACAAGUCAACGAAAAUCCAGAUUCCACAGUAAUCCAAAAAGAUCAAGAAGAAACCACUUUAAUUUCAAAUAUAACUAUCAAUUCAAACUCUGAAGAACUUUUCCCAGAAUAUGGAAAUAAUUUUGUGUUUCAGAUGACCAAUGAAAGGAAAAUACCUGCUUUAGAAAAUAUUGAAGAGCCGUAUGAGGCAGAUCUUAGUUGUGUAGAAGAAUCCAUUCUCAAGAACUCUACUUUGAUAGCCUAUGGAGACCUAGAUGACAAACAAACUGCCAAAGUAUUAAUUGCAGAAGAUUUUAGCUCAUCUGUCAUCCAUGAUUUUACAGAAAACAUAAAUAGUAUAAAGCAGCAAGUAAGUAGAACUCUAGGUCAAGAUUCAGAGUCAGACAUCUUGAAUAUAGAGGUGAAAUCAAAUAGAAACAAUGAAUACGUAGACAAGCAAACAGUAUCUUCAGCUCCAGUUUUAGAUCAAAAUUUUGGAAAGGGCUUCAGAACUGCAUCUAAUAAAGAAAUAAAACUCUCUGAACACAAUGUUCAGAAGAGUAAAAUGCUCUUCAGAGAUAUUGAAGAACAAUAUCCUACUAGUUUUGCUUGUGCUGAAAUAACAAAUACUUUAUCUUCAGAUGUUGAAAAGAAACAAAGCAAACCUCUUGUACUUGAUUCACAGUCAAAUAAUAAUGUGUCAAGGUAUGUGCAGAAUAGUGCAUUUGCUUCCAGUAGUAAAAAUAGUCACAAAAUCCCCCCAGUUUUAUCUUUAAAGCUAUGUCUUAGUUCAAAUAAUAAUUUAACACCUAGCCAAAAGGCAGAAGUUAAUGAACUUUCAACUAUAUUAGAAGAAUCAGGAAGUCAAUUUGAAUUUACACAGUUUAGAGAUCCGGAUCAUAUAGAACAAAAUUAUCCAUUAGAAGCAUCUGAAAACCACAUGAUUCUUUCAAGUACCACUUGUGAGGAAUGCAAAGAUAGUCAUCAUGAUGCACUUAAUUCCCCAUCUACCAGUCAGGUAAAUAGCAAAAAAUAUAAAGACACAUUUGGAGAUAAGCAAAAUUUUGCUCACCUGUUGAAAACCAGCUGCACCAAAAAUGCUUCUGGCUGUUUAACAGAUAAAGAAGUGGAAUUUAAAGGCUUUUAUUCAGCACUUGGCUCAAAGUUGACUGUUUCUAAUAAGGCAUUGCAAAAAGCUAUGAAGCUGUUCAGUGACAUUGAGAAGAUUAGUGAGGAAACAUCUGCAGAACUAGAUUCAGAAAGUUUGUUUUCAAGUAAAUAUGGGUCUAUUAGGACAGAAAAUUAUACAAGUGAUAACAUAAAUACAGAAAACAAAUGCCAGCUAAUAUUACAAAAUAACGUUGAAAUGACUACUGACAUUUUUGUUGAAAAUACUAAGGAUUACAAAAGAGAAAAAGAAAAUGAAGAUAGAUAUAUAGGUGCCAGCAUAAAUAUCUGUAAUAUAGGAAAAUCUCAUUGCAGUGACACAAGUAAAAAUGACACAGAUAGCAAUAAAAAUGACUUUCCAUGUAAUAAUCAGCGUAACAAAUGCCUGAAGUUAUCAGGCCCAUGUAUGAAGGAGGGAAGUAUUCAAAUUAAAGAAGGCUUAUCAGAUUUAACUUGUUUAGAAGUUGUGAAAACUGAAGAGCUGUUUUAUAUUAAUACUUCAAGUAAAGAACAGUUAACUGUAAAGAAAAUGGUACCAAAUACCAAAGAUUUUUACAGUUGUGAUGUAUAUUUCCAGACUGCAAGUGGAAAAAAUAUCACAGUCUCCAAAGAGUCAUUAAGUAAAGUUGUAAAUCUCUUUGAUGAAAAAUGUACAGAAGAGGAAUUGGAUAACUUACAAAGCUCCUUGAAUUCUGAAUUAUUUUCAACCAAACAUAUGAAAAAAAGCAUUUCAAGUCAUGAGGAAACAGCUAAAAUUGAGGACAAAAUAUUGAAAGAAAAAGAGCCAGUUGGUAAUAAAAAUCAGCUGACUCUACAUGAACAAGCAGAAUGUGAAACUGAAAAGAGCAAAGAGCCUUUCAUAUUGGGUUUCCAUACAGCUAGUGGGAAAAAAGUAAAAGUUGCCAAAGAGUCUCUAGACAAAGUAAAAAAUCUUUUUGAUGAGGAAAAGCAAUGUAUUAGUGAAAUUAUUAAUACCAACCAUGAAGGAUUAAAGACACUAAAGGAUAGAGAAGAGCCUGAAGUCACUUGUGAAACAAUUGAGAUAAUUGUCCCAAAGUGUGAAGAAAGAGAGAAAUCUCCCGAGGAGAAAAGGCUUAUUCCUAAUGAGACUGCCCAGAGUGCCUUGCUACCUGGGCUCUUAAGUGAUCAUUUACACACGCAAAGGGAAAAUCUCAAAAUAUCAAAUAGUAUUUCUCUGAAAGUUAAAGCACAUGAAGAUACAGAGAAGCAACAAGCAGAAGUUCCUAUAACCUGUUCUACAAACCAAUCCACUUGCUCAGUCACUGGAAAUUCAACUUUAGCAUUUUACACAGGACAUGGUAGAAAAAUUUCUGUAAGUCAGGCUUCAUUAUUUGAAGCAAAAAAAUGCCUUAGAGAAGGAAAACUGGAUGAUCAACCAGAAGCAAUAAAUGCUGCCAGUCUUGCAUGUUUAAAUGAAUACCCUGAGGGUUAUGUAGGAAGUCCUUUGAGUGAAAACAGUUCAAGCUGUAUCUUAACUGGCAAAAGUCAUCUCUCGGGAAGAAAAGAUUCAGCCUACUUAAGUAAAAGAAGCAUGUCUAAUAGCAGUUCAUAUUCUGAGUCUUCUCACUCUAAUGAAGUAUAUAGUAAAUCAGAAUUGCUCUCAAAAAAUAAAGUUGAUCAUUCUGGCAUUGAGCCAGUUAUGAAGGAUGCCAAAGAUGAGAAAGACAGCAGUUUUCCUGAAGUAGUAUCCACUUUAAGGGAAGCAAACAUAUAUCCACAAACUGUAAAUGGAGAUAUUUAUGCUAAAAAACUGAGUAACUGUUCCCCAUGCAAUAAUAAAGAUGCAGCCAAUAAGUUGGCCUUUUCUGAUUAUUUUGAGACAGAGUCACCUUCAGCAGAUGGUGAAAAAGACUUUGUUUCACAUGAUACAGAAGAAAUCAGAGAGAGGUUGGUAGACAGCUACAGUAAGGUAAUUAAACAGAACUCAGCGAGUACGUCAGGCACUUGCCAAACAAAAAUUGUUGCAGGUUGUCAUGAAGUAUUGGAUGACUUAAAAGAUCCUCUUUUUUCCAAGUCUUUGGAUGAAGAGUGUAAUAUGCAUUCACAUAAGGUUUUUACAGACGAUCAAAGUGAACAGUCUUUACAACAAAAUCAGAAUAAGUCUGAAUUAGAGAAAGUUUCUAAAAAGUCGCCUUGUCAGUUGAAUUGGAAAACUUCUGAUAUAUGUAAACUUAAUGUGGGAAAUUUUUCCUCAUCAGUCUCUUUUAAAAAUGCUUGUGGAAUUUUUAGCACAGCAAGUGGAAAAGCUGUACAAGUAUCAGAUGCUUCUUUGCAAAAGGCAAGACAAGUGUUUUCAAAGGUAGAAGAUAAUGCUGAUCAGCCUUUUUCUGAAGUAUUUAAAAAUAAUAGAGAACAUUCGGACAAGUACACAAAAGAAAAAAGUACUGUAAUACAUAGCGCUUCAAAAUCACUGCCUGCUUUCUCUGGAUUUAGUACAGCAAGUGGAAGAAAAGUUUCCAUUUCUGAAAGUGCCUUAAACAAAGUUAAGGGUAUGUUAGAGGAAUUUGAUUCAAUCAGAACAGAAUGUGGUCUUCAGCAUUCACCUCCAUCUAGACCAGAUGCGUCAGAAAUACUUCCUUUUUCUUAUGUUGCUAAGAAUACCUCAGAAGACUUGGUAAACACCACAAUGGAAAGUGCCUAUAGAAACAAAUUUAAUCACUCAGAUAAUUACAGUAUUGAAAGUGAUUCAUCAGAAAAUAGUCAUCUUACAACAGUUUUGCCAUCUCUCUCUGAAUUUAAGCAAGACAAACAGCAGUUGAUUUUAGGAAUCAAAGCAUCAGUUGUUGAAAACAUCCAUUGUCUGGGAGAAAAAGCUAUACCUGAAAGCACAGAAAGAAAAAUUGACAAAACUGAAACUUUUUCUAAUCUUCCUGUGAAAACAACUACAGAGUUGCGCUCUACCUAUUCUGGAGAUCCAGGAAACUGUUUAGAAACAGAAGCAGUAGCAAUAGCUGACGCUUUCAUGGAAGAUGGUGAGCUGACAGAUUCUGAACUGCUAUGUCAUGCCAAACAUGAGGAAACCAUUUCAUUGAAUUCAAGCAUUGGAAAAAGAAGAGGAGAUGCAUCUGUCUCAGUGGGAGAACCUCCAAUCAAAAGAAACUUGUUAAAUGAAUUUGACAGGGUAAUGGAAAAGCAAGAAAAAUCCUUAAAGGCUUUAAAAAGCACUCCAGAGGGCACAAUGAAAGAUAGAAGAUUGUGUAUGCAUCAUGUUUCUUUAGAACCAAUUACCUGUGGACCCCCAUGUGCAACUAAGAAACGGCAAGAAAAACAGAGUCCAAAUUUUACUGCACCUGGUCAAGAAUUUAUGUCUAAAUCUCAGUUUUAUGAAUUUAACCUAACAUUGGAAAAAUCUUCAAACAAAUUAUCCGUUUCAGAGAAACUGUUUUAUGAAGUUCCUACUACAAGAAAUGAAAAAAGAAGACAGUCAGUCACCACGGGCAAACUGAUGAAAGUCUUUGUUCCACCUUUUAAAACUAAACCACAUUUUCACAGAGCUGAACAGUGUGUUACCAAGAAUAUUGCUUUGGAGGAAAACAAACACAAACUGAAAAACACAGAUGAACAUGAAGCUGGUGACAAUGAAAUUAAUAUUGAUGAUAGCGCAAUUCAUUUCUUGAAUAAAAAAAACUUCAGUCUAACAGCAAAUGCAGCUUUCACAAAGCAUGAGGAAGACCCCUUAGAUUCAAUUACAAGUCUUCAAAAAGCCAGAGAUAUGCAGGAUAUGCGAAUAAAAGAGAAACAAAGACAAAGUAUUUUUCCACAGCCAGGCAGUCUGUAUCUUGCAAAAGCAUCCACUGUGCCUAGAAUCUCGCUGAAAAUUGCAGUAGGAGGUCGAGUUCCUUCUGCACAUUCCCACAAAGAGCUAUAUAUGUUUGGCAUUUCUAAACAUUGCCUAAAAAUUAACAUCAAAAAUGCAGAGUCUUUUCAGUUUCACAUUCAGGAUUAUUUUGGCAAGAAAGAUUUAUGGGCUGAAAAGGGAAUACAGUUGGCUGAUGGUGGAUACCUCAUACCUUCCAAUGAUGGAAAGGCCGGAAAAGAAGAAUUUUAUAGGGCUCUGUGUGAUACGCCAGGUGUAGACCCAAAGCUGAUUUCAAGGUUGUGGGUCUAUAAUCACUACAAAUGGAUAAUAUGGAAACUGGCAGCUAUGGAAUUUGCCUUUCCUGAGGAGUUUGCUAAUAGAUGCCUAAGCCCUGAAAGGGUGCUUCUUCAACUGAAAUACAGAUAUGAUAUGGAAAUUGAUAGGAACAGAAGAUCAGCUAUAAAAAAGAUAAUGGAAAAGGAUGACACAGCUGCAAAAACACUUAUACUCUGUGUUUCUGGAAUAACUUCUUCAGGUACAAAUAUACCUGAAGCAUCUACCAGUAAAAACAACAGUGUGGAUACCAAAACAGUGACCCUUAUUGAGCUUACAGAUGGCUGGUAUGCUAUUAAAGCACAGUUAGAUCCUCCCCUCUUAGCUCUCUUAAAGAAUGGUAAAUUGACUGUGGGUCAGAAGAUCAUUAUUCACGGAGCAGAACUGGUAGGCUCUCCUGAUGCUUGUACACCUCUUGAAGCCCCAGAAUCUCUGAUGUUAAAGAUUUCUGCUAACAGUACUCGGCCUGCUCGUUGGUAUGCCAAACUUGGAUUCUCUCCUGAUCCUAGACCUUUUCCUCUCCCUCUCUCAUCACUUUUCAGUGAUGGAGGAAAUGUUGGUUGUGUUGAUGUAAUUAUUCAAAGAGUAUAUCCUUUACAGUGGAUGGAGAAGACAUCUUCUGGAUUAUACAUAUUUCGCAACGAAAGACAAGAAGAAAAGGAAGCAGCAAAAUAUGCAGAGGCCCAACAAAAGAAGUUAGAAGCUUUAUUCACUAAAAUUCAAGCAGAGUUUGAAGAGCGCGAAGAAAAUGCAAGAAAGCGAUGCAUCCCAUCACAUGCACUAACACGACAGCAAAUCCAUGCUCUACAAGAUGGUGCUGAGCUAUAUGAAGCAGUGAAGAAUGCCCCAGAUCCAGGUGACCUUGAGGGUUAUUUCACUGAAGAACAGUUAAAAGCUUUGAAUAAUCAUAGACAGAUACUGAAUGACAAGAAGCAAGCACAGAUCCAGUUAGAAUUCAAAAAGGCUAUGGAAUCGACUGAACAAGAGGAACAAAUUUUAUCAAGAGAUGUUAAAACUGUGUGGAAGUUGCGUAUCAUAAGCUAUGAAAAAAAAGAAAAAGAUUCUGUUUUACUGAGUAUCUGGCGUCCAUCAUCAGAUUUAUAUUCCCUGUUAACAGAGGGAAAGCGAUAUAGAAUCUAUCAACUUAUAACAUCAAAAUCUAAGAGUAAAUCUGAAAGAACUAAAAUGCAAUUAACAGCAACGAAAAAGACUCAGUAUCAACAACUGAUGACUUCAGAUGAACUCCUCUUCCAAGUGUAUCAGCCAAGGACAUCUGUUCCCUUCAACAAAUUAUUGGAUCCAGAUUUUCAGCCACCUUGUUCUGAGGUGGACCUAAUAGGAUUUGUUGUUUCUGUCGUGAAAAAAAUAGGUCUUCUUCCUUUGGUCUAUUUGUCAGAUGAAUGUCAUAAUUUAUUGGCAGUAAAGUUUUGGAUAGAUGUAAAUGAAGACAUAAUUAAACCGCGCAUGUUAAUUGCUGCAAGUAACCUCCAGUGGCGACCAGAAUCCAAAUCAAGAAUUCCUACUUUAUUUGCUGGAGAUUUUUCCAUGUUUUCUGCCAAUCCAAGGGAAGAACAUUUUCAAGAGACUUUUCAUAAAGUGAAAAAUUCUGUUGAGAAUAUUGAUGUAUUUUGCAGUGAUGCAGAAAACAAGCUUAUGCAUAUGCUUAAUGCAGAUGAUCCCAAGUGGUCCACCCCAACUAAAGACUAUACUUCAGAGCCACACACUGUCCAACCAGUUCUUGAUACAGGAAGCAAGUGUCUGAUGUCUCCUAUCAGUUAUCAGAGCCCUUUAUUACUUUGUAAGACAAAAGGAAAGUCUGUUUCCACACCUGUGUCAGCCCAAAUGACCUCCAAGUUUUGUUGUCAAAAGGAGACUGAUGAUCCAAAAACUUGCAAAAAGAGAAGAGCCUUGGAUUUCUUGAGUAGACUGCCUUUACCUCCACCUGUCAGUCCCAUGUGCACAUUUGUUUCUCCAGCUGCACAGAAAGCAUUUCAGCCACCACGGCGUUGUGGCAUCAAAUUAAAUGAAACACCCAUAAAGAAACUAUCAUUGAAUUCUCCUCAGAUGACACCACUUAAAAAGUUUAAUGACAGUUCUUUUUUGGAAAGUGAUUCAAUAGCUGAUGAAGAACUAGCAUUGAUAAAUACCCAAGCUCUUGUGUCUGGUCCAGCCGAAAAUCAACUUAUGUCUACCAAAUCCGCUAGAACUGCUCCCUCUUGUUCAAAAGAGUCUCUCAGAUUGAAAAGGCAUCAUACUGCAACUGCAGUCAAAGAUCAAGAGGACUCCUGUGACAGCAUGGAAGAACGUGACAUCAGUGCAAUAAAAAAUAUUUCAAGAUUGCAAAGACAUCAAAAACAUGACUAUAAACUAGUAAUUGAUGCUUAAUCUUUCCUAUUUGUAAGAUAUUAAAUUGCACCUCAGUAUUGUAUAGUGAGAAAAGUAAUGAAAUUAUUCUAACUGUACUUAAGUGUCUGUAUAUGUCAUUAGAGUGCUCAUUGUCUGUUUCUGUACUGGUAGACUUCUAUUUUGACAUCUUAAAACUAUUUGU